AUGAGUGAUUUUGAAGAUCAAGAGGAGAGAGAUAAUUUGGCCGCGAGAGAGAUCGCGCUGGCCGAGCAGCAGCACGAAGAUCCGCCGGAUCCGAAUGCCGCGCACGAUCGCGCCAAUGAUGAUAUGCCGAGAGAUGGAGCGCGACACAAUGAAGAAGUCAUGGGAGACUUCGAUUCCAAUCCAACACUACUAAUCGAUCGGAAUCCCAUCCAGCCGCCACUUCCUGAAGGAAGAAGCUAUGAGAUUUCACCGGAGAUCAUUGGUUUGGUGAAACAAAACCAGUUCCAAGUGCCGAGCAGCACGAAGAUCCGCCGGAUCCGAAUGCCGCGCACGAUCGCGCCAACAAUGCCGCGAGAUGGAGCGCGACACAAUGAAGAAGUCAUGGGAGACUUCGAUUCCAAUCCAACACUACUAAUCGAUCGGAAUCCCAUCCAGCCGCCACUUCCUGAAGGAAGAAGCUAUGAGAUUUCGCCGGAGAUUAUUGGUUUGGUGAAACAAAACCAGUUCCAAGGGAAACCCCAGGAGAAUCCUUUGGAACAUAUUGAUGCUUUUGAAGAAAUUUGUGGCACCAUCAGUGCAGGAGGUGCGCCCAAAGAGUACUUAAAGUGCAAACUAUUCUCUUUCACUUUGACAGGGAAGGCUUUGCGCUGGGUUAAGUCUCUUCCAGCUCAAUCCAUAACCACAUGGAAAGAGUACAAGGUGGCAUUCCUAGGUCACUUUUUCACAAAGCAGAGAGCAAACUUGUUGAGAGAAAAGAUCUCUAGUUUCCAACAAGGGCCGGUGGAGCCUUUUCAUGAAGCAUUGGAGCGCUUCAAGACUAUACAAGAGAGUGUCCUAAUCAUGGCUAUCUGA